UUUUUGUUAUGCUUUUUAAAUUCAUUUUCAGUUAACUUAUUAACUGAUGGCGCAGUUGCUCAUUCCUCAACACAGAAUUGCCAGAGAAUAUAAAGGCAGUGAUGACCAGAGCGCAAAGCAUAGCGGUAUCAUCGUUUUCACCCUGAACUGUCUUGAUAUGAUGACAAGAAAAUCUGCACAAAGAGACACACAGCCAGAGGUGGAGGAGCGAGGAAACUGGGGAAAUAAAUUGGAAUAUCUCUUUGCUGUGGCAGGAAAUGUUGUCGGCCUGGGGAACGUAUGGAGGUUUCCAUACCUCUGUUACAAAAAUGGAGGGGGUGCAUUCCUGGUGCCAUAUCUGGUAUUUGUGGUAACCUGUGGUGUACCCCUGUUCCUGCUGGAGACAACUAUAGGGCAGUUCACCCAGGAGGGUGGCAUUACAUGCUGGAGGAAGUUGUGCCCACUAGCAGAAGGCAUUGGCGUUGGUGGACAGCUAAUCCUCUUCUAUAGCUGUAUGACCUACAUCAUUAUUCUUUCCUGGGCUUUGCUCUACCUCGUGUUCUCCUUCAGCUCUCAGCUUCCUUGGGCUUCCUGCAACAACUACUGGAACACGGAUGACUGUGUAGACCUUUCAACAAAAAAUGAAACUCCUUACUGGACCAACCAGACUAACUGGACAUCAGCAGCCACUGAAUUUUGGGAACGACGAGUGCUGGCGAUCUCAGGGGGCAUUGAGGAAAUAGGUAGCAUCCGAUGGGAGUUGCUGCUUUGCCUCAUCGCUAUGUGGAUCAUCUGCUACUUUUGUAUCUGGAGAGGAGUCAGGUCUACAGGAAAGGUGGUAUAUGUCACAGCUACCUUCCCCUAUGUGAUGUUGUUAAUUCUUUUGAUUCGUGGCCUCUCUCUUCCUGGAGCAUUAGAAGGAGUGAUGUUUUAUCUUGUGCCUGAACCCUCACGACUGAUAGACCCUCAGGUGUGGAUGGAGGCUGGGAGUCAGAUCUUCUUCUCCUACAGUAUCGGAGUGGGUGUCCUAACUGCGCUGGGAAGCUACAACAAAUACAACAACAACUGCUAUAAAGACUCUCUGAUGCUGUGUUUGCUGAAUGGUGGUACCAGUGUUGUAGCUGGUUUUGCUGUGUUCUCAGUGCUGGGAUUCAUGGCUCAUGAGCAAGGCGUUCCUAUUGCAGAAGUGGCCGAGUCAGGUCCAGGCCUGGCGUUCAUUGCAUACCCUCAGGCUGUAGCCAUGAUGCCCCUUCCUCAACUGUGGUCCAUCUGUUUCUUUGUUAUGCUCAUUCUCUUGGGUCUGGAUACACAAUUUGUUAACAUGGAGGUGUUGAUGACGUCCUUCACUGAUAUGUUUCCCAAAGUGCUGCGCAGGGCCGGCCGAAGGGAGAUUUUUCUCCUUCUCUUCUGCCUAAUUUGCUUCUUCUCUCAACUUGUCAUGAUUACUGAGGGAGGGAUGUUUGUGUUGCAGUUGUUUGACUACUAUGCUUGUAAUGGAGCCUGCAUCCUCUUCCUAUGUGUGUUUGAAACUCUGGCACUGGGUUGGAUAUUUGGGGUAGAUAAGUUGUAUGACAUUAUAAAGGACAUGACAGGGACACGAGCCAACUACUUCUUUAAACUCUGCUGGCUCUACCUCACACCACUGGUCUCACUGGGCUCUUUUAUAUAUUCUUUAAUCGAGUACCAGCCUCUGACCUUUAAUCGGUGGUACGUCUACCCAUCCUGGGUAUAUGUGCUGGGUUGGGUACUGGCUCUCUCCUCCAUCCUGCUUGUUCCAGGAUGGGCCCUGUAUAAGCUGGGCACUGGGACUGGGACUCUAAGUCAGCGUUUCCAUCAUCUGUGCCAGCCUAAUCUUGAAAAUUUAGAGGCCCAAAGGAGGGAAACUGAGUUAUAGAUCCUCAGAGAACUUCUGCAGUAGUUCACACUCAACUGAUACAAAUGGUCAUCUAAUCCUGAAGUCUUUGUAACACCUACGAUUUGGAGCUGAAAAUGAUGUCACUUUCUCUGUUUUCCUUUACAUUCUUUCGCCUUUUUCCACUUUUGUACGUAUUUUAGUUGUUGUUUUUAGACCGAUGAGAUCAAUGUGGAGAAAGGAGAAUUUGGAGAAAACCAAACAGCAUAGCAGCACACACACCUCAUACCAACUGUCAAGUGGUGGCGAGAUGAUGAUUUGAGCUUAUUGCAGUGCUUGAUUCAGCCAUGAAUUCCUCUUCCUGGCACAUGCUGAUUCAUGCGUAAGAACAGUGAUCUCAAGCACAACAGGAAAUUUUCAGCUGAAAGCUGAAAAAUAAAAGAAUCAAAGUGUUACAAUGGCCUGGACAAAGUCCUGACAUCAAACCAACUGAAUUACUGUAGCGAAAAUUUAAGACAGCUGUUUAUAUGUCUGCAAAUGUCAAUCAACUGAGGCAAUGUUGUAAAGAAAAGUGGACCAAAAUUCCUCCAUAAUAAUGUGAUCUGCCUUUGCAACUGAUGCCACAACUGCUGUUAUGGGCCGAUGGAGAAGAACACAGAGCUGUGUUACAGAGCUGAGUCAUUAAAAAAUAAAAAUGCUGUUCCAUCCA